AUGAUUGUCCCUUGUCACGACGGAGCCGGAGUCAAGACCGAAACAUCGGCCCUGCCGCUGCGCCUGGUCACCUUGAAUGUGCGCUACGCCACGCAGCGUCCCUUGGAGGGCGAGCAGCCGUGGCGGGUGCGCUGUCCCAAGGUGUGCUCGCAGCUGCGCUUUGUGGCCACGGGCCAAGACGGCGCCUUUCUGUGUCUGCAAGAGGUCCUGCACGAGCAGAUGCUGGACAUCCAGGGACAGCUCAACGACAGCGACGACGACGAAUGGACCUACAUUGGGCAGGGCCGCCAGGACGGCAAGACAGCCGGCGAGUAUUCGCCCAUCUUCUACCGGCCGCGGCUGUGGUCUUGCGAGCAGAGCCGGAUGUACUGGCUGAGCGAGACGCCGGAGCGGCCGUCAUGCGGCUGGGAUGCGGCGCUGGAGCGCGUUGUCACCGUCGGCCUGUUCCGCCACCGUGCCACCGCGCAGCCGGUCGUGGUCAUGAGCACGCACUUUGACCACCUAGGCGUGCGUGCCCGCCAGGAGAGCGCCCGGCUGAUCCUCCGGAUUGCGCAUGCCUGGGGUCGGCCAGCCGGCAGUGACUCGUCCUCGUUCUCGUUCCUCUCCCGGCCCGUCUUUCUCGGUGGUGACUUCAACAGCACGCCCGACGACGGCGCCUACAAGACGAUGACGGCCGUACCCGGUGGCAUGGUCGACAUCGCCGGCCUCGUCCCGCCUAGCCGGCGGUAUGGAAACGACGAGUUUACGUAUACGUCCUUUGACGAGCCCGACCAGACGCCCAAGCGCAUCGACUUUCUGUUCGUCCAGAAGCCCGGCCACAUCCGCUUCCCAACAUUUUCCGUGCUGGCCAACCGCUUCGAUGACGGCGUCUUCCUGUCUGACCACAGGGCCGUCGUCGCCGACAUCGAGAUCCCUGUCAGCAGCACUGCCAGCAGCAGACCCUAG